AGUGAAGAUUGGGGACCCUGUCACACUUGACUGUGACACAAAUGUGAAGAACAAGGGUUCUUAUGAGAUUCUGUGGAAAGCUCUCGACCGCAUGGUGGCCAAAUCUGUCAACGGAACCCUCAGCCAAGGCUGUGGGUUUAAGGACAGAUUGUAUCUUGAGGGUGUAUCCCUCACCAUAACACACACUCAGUACGAUGAUCAUGGUCAAUAUGAAUGCUGGUAUGACGGACAACAUCAGAAAUCUUGGUCAUUGCAGAUAGACAUUCCCAAGAAUCUUACAGCAACUGUUGGACAGCCUGUCUGGAUUCCCUGUUAUGAAAAAAAACUAAAAAAGUGCAGUAAAGACGGAAGGGCAAAUGAAAUAUCUUUUGAAUGGUGGAAAGACAAAAACCCUGUACCUGUAUUUCAGAUGGAGAAGGGUGCAAAAGUUGCAAAGGGGAGAGCAGAGGAGUCACCUGAUGUAAAACAGGGAAAUUUCUCUCUUUACUUUCCCAAGGUAUAUUUUUCUGACAGUGGGACCUACCGGUGCAGUGAACACGAUGACAGUACUAUUCUUCAGCUGAAAGUUCACAAGGAAGAAAUCAAAGUUUCAAUGAAUGAAGAUGUCUCCCUUCACCUUUAUACAGUCGAUCCUGUUGAGGUGUAUUUCCAAAAGGAUCAUUCCAGCAAACCUGUUUUACUGUGUGGAGAUAAUCUAUGCGAACAGAACUGGAAAUACAACAGCAACACACAAACAAUUGAGUUGGUUGCUGUAAUGGAGGGAAAUUUAGGGACAUACACUGUGAAAGAUAAAACGAAAAAAUAUGUAUUUUGCGAAUACAUUUUGAUAUCUCUUGCUGACUCCAAGUCAGAUUAUCAACUGAACACUGGCAUAGGGAUUGGUUUUUGCCUGGUCACUUUUGCAUGCAGUAUAUGUGUAUACUGUUUGACGGUGUGAUUGUAGGUAGAAGUAGGCAAUGCGGUCAAUUGUUAGUUGUAACUUGUUUGCAUUGGACUACUUUUAUUUGAACAAUGGCUUUUGAUUGUUAAUUUCCAUUUGUAAAUAUUUUUGUACCUACUUUUAUCCCUAAAUAACAUUUAUCCAACAAACUUAACUUCAUUACAUUCAAUUGAAUAUAGAUAAACAAAAAAAGAAACAUGCCCUAAGCAAUUCACAAGCAACGUACAUUUUGCACUUACAUUUUGAUAUGGACUGCUGACUGGAACUAGAGAUGAACACCAUAAUCUCUGAUGAACAAUGGGACAUUUCAUGCAAGCAGGGACACAGAGUAA